AUGGCUCAGCCAGCUGGUCAGAUGUUCGGAUUACCUGCCCGGUGUCGCGUCUACCUAGCUAGUUCCCCAGUCUUGUGCGCAGGAGAUACACUGCUUUCGAUCAGUCGAAUCAUAUAUAGCAUGAUGUUCGAGAAGGUUUCAUACACUCAAGCUUGCAAGCAAGUUCAUAUCCUGAAAACAAGAUCGGAUAGCGGGUAUGUGGAGAGGACGGAGAAUAACAGUUGGACACGAUGGCUUUGUUUUUUGAUCGGGACACUUCCGUCUGUCAUUCGUCUUGCUUCGGUUUCGGGACUUCCGUGGUCGAAGAUAUGGGGUCUCAUGUUUGUCUCCUCGUUCGUGAUCAACGAGAUGAUCGCUAUGUCUGCUCAUUUCUCUACUUCGUCGGAGAAAAAGCAAAUUCCCCAAUGGUCGUCAACGACAACCAAGUCUUUCGUGGAAACAUAUCACAAGGCGGAGUGCGAUACCACGAAGGAUAAUAAGUACUCCAACUUUUUGGGAACACAGGAGCAAAUACAAGAAUCGAGUGUUAAGAUUCCCGCACCGGAGCCUGUUGCUAUUGCGUUCACUUCGACUGAUCAUCAUGAAGAUUCAAUUUUCGAACACCACAUACCUCCAGCGGAAUGGCUGAACCGACUCGUAUCGGCGGAUGAUCGAACUUAA